AUGGUAGAGAGAUGGCGAAAGGAGACACACUGCUUCAAUUUUCGUGAAGGCGAGUGCACCAUCACACUUAAGGACAUCGCCAUACUUACCGAUCUCCCCAUUCAUGGUGAUGUUGUUUGUGUGGACUCUACGGCACCACCUAAAGUUGUUGCCAAUAUGAGUGGUUGGCAACAUUUUAUAUGGACGGUCACCGGGUUGUGUCCGCCAGAAAAGGGAGAUCACGAUGCGGAUGGUAAUCCACCAUUGUCCAAGGGCCAAGUAUCCAUCACGUGGUUGACAGCGGAGAUCAGGCGUAAGCACAACCCUGAGUUCGGAGGGAUUCCCCUCACAGAGGAAAGUUCGGAGCGCGAUAAAGACAUUUAUGCACAUAUCUACAUCCUCGGCAUGAUCGGAGGAGUUUUCUUCCCCAAGAAAUCCAACAACCUAAUCAGCAAUUCAUGGUUGAAGAUCAUACUUGGCAAGAUCAGGAUAUUGUGA